UUCAACUUUAAUCUAUUAUCAAAAAAAUAAAAUAAAAUAAAUACUUAAGUAUAAUUUAAUUUGUUUUUUUGAUAAGGUAACAACCAACAAUAAUUUAUUAAACAGGACUCUCGAGUAGUCUGGACUGAAUAUAAUAUCAUACAUGACACAUGUUAAAUACUUAAAUAUUAUCAAAAGGGCAGUUUCCAGUAGGUAUAUCCUGUAAAACGAAAUAUAAAAUCGUGCAACUGAAUGGAUUCAUUGAGUUUUAGUCGAAAUAGCUCUAGAACAGAUUGUCCGUCCUGUAUACAAAAUAAUUAUAGCAAAAAUGACAAAUUGCAUGAUCAUGAAUGUACUUGUAAAAUAUAUGGUGUGCAACAUAGUCAACUCCGACGUCUGAAAACAGAUACUCCGAGAGAAAAAAAAGACGCGAAGUAUUACGAAAAGAGAAAAAGGAACAACAUGGCAGCUAAAAAGUCCAGAGAGGCCAAACGUAGAAGAGACAAUGAAAUGGCAUUAAAAUUAUUUCUUUUAGAAAAAGAAAAUAUGUUGUUAAAGUUCCGCCUCAGCACAGUAUCUGAAGAACUUGAAAUUAUAAAGAGAACAUUGGUUUUUUACAAUACAAAUCAAGUUAUUUGGACAAAUAAUAUAUUACCACCUUUUCAAAAUAAAUAACUACUAAAUUAAAAUAUGAAAAUGUGAAUACCUACAGGCAAUUAUAAUUCACGAUAUUAUAUUGGUUUAACAUAAUAAAACCUGG